AUGCCUAAUGAAAAACUAGGCAUGCCUUCGCUGUCGAGAUAUCUGCGACCCGAUAAGUUUGACAUCGAGCCUGAUGUCGCGGACGCCGAUGAAAAAUGGGUACACUGGAAAUCGACAUUUGUAAGCUUCUUAGCAGAAGAGAUUACCGACGAUGUACCAGACUCCAUUAAGCGUAAGCUGCUAGUUAAUCACUUAUCGGCAUCGAUAUACAAGCAUAUCAAAACAUGCUCCACUUAUAAAGAUUCAAUGAAAGUUCUAGAAGACAUUAUUGUCAAACCGAAAAAUACUAUUCUAGCUCGACACAUUCUCUUCAUUCGCAAGCAACGAGCCGACGAAACGAUCUCUGACUCUAUUAGAGCUCUCCGACUUUCCGCGAAAGAUUGUAAAUUCGAAGACGUCAUAGCUCAAGAGCAUGAAGACCAAGCAAUUCGUAGUGCUCUCAUAUCCGGCUUACUAUCACGAAGGAUUCGCGAAUGGUUACUAGAAAACUCAAAACUCACUCUCUCAGAAGCACUUAAUCAAGCCGUAGCUCUGGAAACGGCAGAGAAGGAUGCAGUUGCUAUUGGUAUCAGUUCUACGCAACUUACCGCCAUAUCGCAAGGUACUUCACGGGACAAGGAAUCCGAAAAUCUAGCGGCAGCUCCAUCGUCACGAACUUUUCAAGCCGCCCCGACCACGCCACCUCCGGCUAAACCCUGCUUCUUUUGCGGCGGGAGUCUUCAUCCAAGGUUCAGAUGUCCAGCCAACAAAGCCACCUGCAAAAAAUGCUCAAAGAAAGGACACUUUGCAAGCGUCUGUAGAUCGGGCAAUAUUAACUUAAACUCCACGACAGUUGAAGAUCCUACGACCUCUAACAACAACCAGUUCUACAGUGGAGCUAUUUCUGCUGCCUCUCCUUUGAGCCUUAGGAGUGCGACAAUUCCAAUCAUGGUCAACGAAUACAAGGCUGAUGCACUCGUCGAUACAGGAAGUUCAGUCAGCUUUAUUAACGCUAGUGGUGCUCGCAUAAUGAAACUACACAAAAAACCCUGCAAGCAGACAGUCAAUCUCGCUUCUCUCAAUCAAGUUUCCUUUGCCGAAGGCAUCUGCUUUGCUACCAUUACGAUGAAUAAGCAUACUAACAAACAAACGCCUCUUCUAGUUGUCGACAACCUCUGUGCUGACGUCAUCGUCGGCCAUGACUUGCUCAAACAUCACUCGAGCAUUUAUUUUAAUCUUGGUGGGCCUGGCGAGCCUUUAGAGAUAUGCAACGUGUUACGAGCUUCGGUGCCGCCAGCCUCCGUAUUUACAAAUCUGUCGCCGAACAUUCGACCGAUCGCCGUGAGAAGCCGGCGCUACAGUAAGGAAGAUGAGGACUUCAUAAAAGAAGAAGUGUCUAAAUUACUUGAAGACGGGUCGGUUUCAUUUGGCCAACCUCUCUACAUUCAUAGUGAUAGAGGGUCGUCAUUCAUGUCCGAAGAGUUCAAAUCAUUUCUACGACAGUCAAAUAUAGCCUCGUCCAGAACGACGCCCUAUAACCCCCAGGGUAAUGGCCAAGUGAAGCGACUAAACGGAACGCUCUGGCGAACUAUUCAACUCAGCCUUUGGUCAAAGGGAUUAUCGGUGGAAAAUUGGGAAGUGGCUCUGAAGGACGCAUUGCAUUGUGUCCGCUCUCUCAUGUGUACGGCAACAAACGCUACUCCGCACGAAAAACUUUUCACAUACCCGAAAAGAUCCCCGAACGGAGAUUCACUGCCAUCUUGGCUCACGCCAGGACCGAUCUUAGUUAAGAAGAACGUCCGUUCUUCAAACACGGACCCUCUUGUCAAGGAAGCCGAGCUCUUAGACACCAAUCCCUACUACUCUCUCAUAAGACGGGAUAAUGGAGAAACCUCAACGGUAUCAAACCGUCAAUUAGCUCCUUUCCCCAGUAUCACUGAUAAUAGCAGCGACGAUAACUUUGAAAUGGCCUCCGAAGAUGAUAAUCUCAGGUUUCCAUCUGAAAAUAACUCCACACCUCCACCUGAAAAUAUCGCUCCUUCGUCACCGCCUCGUGUAGGAGAGCCGUCGACGACUUCGCCAGUUCUUCGGACUGGACUCCCCAGGAGAUUUAAUAGGACGCGAAAAUUGCCCUCCUACCUAGCGGACUUUGUGGUUGAUGGGAGUGAGAGUGAAAAC